AUGAAAAACCAAUGCCCAGCUGCGAAACAUGCUUUGCUAAGUUUUUCGCUUACUGGAUCAGUGUUCCUCGUGUCUUUCUUCUCCUCCAGCUACCUCGGAUUUACGUCUGAACUAUGGGCGCUCACGUACUGGGGUCCGGCGCUGUAUUUCUGCCUUUUAAACUUCAUUUUACGAUAUUCUUUAAAAGGCUUCACAUAUGACGUGGCCGUCAGAUCUGCAUUCCUGGGAUCGGUAUUUGCGACAGGAUUUUAUUUUGCGACAUUUGAUAAUGUGUGUCAUAUAUUUGGACUAUAUGCGAUGGCAUUCUCGCUGUUCCACUUUUCUGAGUUUAUGGCUGUGGCCCUCAGUAACCCAAAGACACUGACUGUAGAUUCGUUUAUAUUAAACCACAGUACGCAAUACUGGGUGGCUGCCGUGUCCAGUUGGAUAGAAGCAGCUAUUGAAUAUUAUUUCUUUCCUAAUAUGAAGACUGCAUUCUGGCUUUCUCACAUUGGUGUUGUGAUGUGUAUCAUCGGGGAGAUUAUGAGGAAAUGUGCAAUGUUCACCGCUAAGACAAAUUUUAAUCAUCAUGUGCAAACAGUCAAAAAACCAGAUCACCAGUUAGUGACGUGCGGUGUGUAUUCAUUUUGUCGACAUCCGAGCUAUGUGGGUUGGUUCUACUGGUCUAUUGGUACUCAGAUAAUUCUGCUCAACCCUGUCUGCAUAGUUGUGUACACGCUAGUAUCCUGGUGGUUUUUUAAAGAGCGAGUGUACGCUGAAGAGAUGUUCCUUAUAUCAUUCUUCGGAGAACAAUACUUGGAGUACCAGAAGAAAGUCGGCACUGGUCUACCUCUCAUCCGCGGUUACAUUCCAGAAGUUGAUGGUAGCUGGUGAAGUUGGACAAGGAUUGAGAGGUUGUAGCAAUGACUAGGAAAAAUAAAGUAAAAAUAUGGUUACUAAGGGUACCUAAUAUUUGACAAAAUUACUAGAAAUAUGACAAAAAACUAUUCAAUCAAUUUGCAAAGUUCACAGUAAAUUUGCAAAUUUUUUGUUUGUGUAAAAUAAAUGUGAAUAUCUUUAGAGGCUUUAUAUAGAGAAAUCUCUUAAUUGUCAUAUCUUAUACUUUGAGAAAUGAAACAAAAUAAUAAAUAAAUAAAAGAAAACCAAA